AGUCUGCAUCCACUGAUGACCUAUCCCCGGAGGGUAAGCGCCGUAGUGGACGCUGCGAGGGACCUGUUGCUUGGUAACGAUUUUUGGUUACCCCUGAAGUCUCUUUCGUCUGACUUGGUGCCAGUCUUGUCACUGGCACAUCAUGGCUUCCAGUCCCACUGUGUUGAUGCGGUUGGUGGCUUCAGCAUAUUCUAUUGCUCAAAAGGCAGGAACAAUAGUCAGGCGUGUUAUUGCUGAAGGAGACCUGGGUAUCGUGGAGAAGACCUGUGCAACAGACCUGCAGACCAAGGCGGACCGAUUAGUUCAAAUGAGCAUAUGCUCUUCUUUGGCGCGGAAAUUCCCCAAACUAACAAUUAUAGGGGAAGAGGAUCUGCCUCCUGAAGACGUGGAUCAAGAGCUGAUUGAAGAUGGUCAGUGGGAGGAGGUCCUGAAGCAACCAUGCCCAUCACAGUACAGCGCCAUCAAAGAGGAAGACCUUGUGGUCUGGGUUGAUCCUCUGGAUGGUACCAAGGAAUAUACUGAAGGUCUUCUUGACAAUGUAACAGUUCUUAUUGGAAUUGCUUAUGAAGGAAAAGCCAUAGCAGGAGUUAUUAACCAGCCAUAUUACAACUACCAGAACAGUGAAAAUCAAAAGUUAAGGGAACCCAGGAAUGAAGCAAAGGUGAGAAAAAUAGCUAGGCUUUUGGCGGCGCUGGUAGGCAGAAAAGAGGCAGGACCAGAUGCUGUGCUGGGGAGAACAAUCUGGGGAGUUUUAGGUUUAGGCGCCUUCGGGUUUCAGCUGAAAGAAGUGCCUGCCGGGAAACACAUUAUCACAACUACCCGGUCCCAUAACAGCCAGUUGGUUGUGGACUGCGUUGCCGCCAUGAACCCGGAUGACGUGCUGCGGGUGGGAGGAGCAGGAAAUAAGAUUAUUCAGCUGAUUGAAGGCAAAGCCUCUGCUUAUGUAUUUGCAAGUCCUGGAUGUAAGAAGUGGGAUACCUGUGCUCCAGAAGUCAUUUUACAUGCUGUGGGAGGCAAGUUAACCGAUAUCCAUGGAAAUGCCCUUCAGUAUAACAAGGAAGUGAAGCACGUGAACUCAGCUGGCGUCCUGGCCACACUGAGGAAUUAUGACUACUAUGCAAGUCGAGUUCCCGAAUCUGUUAAAAAUGUACUUGUUCCUUGAAGGGAAAUCUCGUCGACUCAGCCAGGAGGAGGACUUGCUCCUCAAAAUAACACAUGUUAAAACUAAUUGGAUGGAAUUUGAGCUCUACCUUUACUUCAUUCAUUGUUGAUCACCGAUUUACAUUUGGUUACUUAGGAGUAGAAAAUUGAAUUUUUAAACGUCUUGAUUAAUGGAUCAACCAGACCAAUUUUGACAUCUGGAAAACUUGUAAAGUCAGUAUGUUUCACAUUUCAUUUUUCCUCCUUUUAUUUGGAGCGGUGAAAGUAAAGCUUAGUUCCAACUGGCCACCCUGGUACACUGUUGAAUCAGCAUUCCUGUUUGGUAAACCCGAUUUCUUUAGGGCACAGAGCCACAAGUUAUUACCUAAAUCUCAUUCUUGUCUUUCACAGUAAUGUAAAACGUUUUCCUACUCCCAUUCUGAAUACAUUAAACUAUCAUUCUAUAUGUUGAUGAAACAGA